AGGGGUGCUGGUGCCUACACUUAUGUAUGGUAGCGAAAGUUGGGUAUGGCAGAAGAGGCAUCAGAGCCAAGUGAAUGCAGUGGAUAUGAGAGCGUUGAGAAGUGUGUGUGGUGUGAGAUUACAAGAUAGAAUUAGGAACAGUGUGAUAAGGGAAAAGUGUGGACUGAACGAAGAUGUAGUGACAAAAAUUGAGAAAGGUAUGUUGAGAUGGUUUGGACACGUGGAAAGAAUGAGUGAAAGAAGGCUAACAAAGAGAGUGUAUAAGGGAGAGGUAGAAACGGGAGUUGGAAGGGGCAGACCUCGGCGGACUUUCUCUGAUCAGAUCGGGGAAAUCCUGAAGAAAGGCCAGGUCAAGAGCACCCUAAACCGGCGAGCGUGUAUGAGGAAUGUUAUGAAAGUGAAGGAAGCGAAAGAGGUAUGUCAGGAUCGCAGCAAGUGGAAAUCCGUGGUCUCUGCCUACCCCUCCGGGAAAUAGGCGUGAUUAUAUGU